AUGCAUAAAAUAGCUGCAAGCAUUGACGGGAAAGAUGAUAUUCUUGAAAACACAUCGAAUACGACACAGAAAUGGACAUUAGGUGUUGCGUUUGUUGGAUGGCGGGAAAAUCGUGCAAUGUUAGCAAUCGAGCGAAUUUUCCGACUAAUUGACCAGUCGACUUCAAUAUUGAGCAAAGAAAAGUGGAUGAGGAAAGAGGAAAAAGGUCCUCAUUAA